CGACGCUUCGUAUUAGAUCUCCGUCGUUCGUUUUAGCAACACCGGAAAGCUCGUGAGUACGUCGCGAAUAGCCAAAUUUCCAUUUUUAUCGUCUUCUAAGCGGACCUCGCGUCAUGAGCCUCUCGUAUAUUUCCCCCGAGUAGAUCGCCGGCUCCACUUGCUCGUUCGCUCUUCUCGUUUCCUGUGCAUGCAACCGUCUCGUGAUCGCUCGAAUUACUUGCGCCAGGAAACGCGAAACAUGAUAAACAAGCGAAUCUGUGCUUCGGAUACUGCAUCGUCGAUCGCGUGGAUCGUGGCGUUCCAUUUUCCCGCCCGCGCGCUUCCAGCGCUAAACAGUGCUUAAAUUCGCCCCUUUUGCGAACUCACCUUGCGAAUACACUUUCGAACCGUAUCUUUUGACGUAGUGCGCGCUAAAUUUUGCGACAAUUAUUUUCCCCAAAAUAUUGAGAUCUCAAGCACUUUCAUUUUCAACUUCAUCUAACGUUCGACAUCGAGUGCAUCGCGAGACGUAUUCUGUUCAUGGCUCGCGAGUGAUUCUCAUCAUCUGAUUCUCGACGGUCUACUUAAGCCUCACAUACUUUGAGACAUACAACGAGAUGGAAGGUUGCCCUCAAAGCAAGGCGCCGGAAAACGAAGUGAUCGGACAGCAAAGCAACAAACAGUCCUGCUUGAUAGACAUGAACGAGCCAUGGGACGUAAUUCCACGAUUGGAUCAUUACAGAACGAGCCGUCGCGCGAAGAGACCAUCCUUGAAUACUUCGCAUGUAGGAAAUUUAGCAAAGGGUAUCGAGAGCCAACGUGAGGAGGUCGAGAAAGACGACGACAAUCAGAAGAACCACCAAGGAAUAAAAUUAGGAUGGAUCCAGGGUGUCUUCAUACCAUGUCUGCUGAACAUAUGGGGCGUUAUGCUGUUCCUGCGACUAUCGUGGGUAGUCGCGCAGGCCGGCAUUGUGCAGAGUAGCGGCAUUAUCGGAAUAUCGGCGACUGUUUGCGUCAUUACGACGCUUAGUCUUUGCGCAAUUAGCACUAAUGGGAAAAUAAGGGGAGGUGGAGUAUACUUUUCCAUAUCUCGAUCUCUUGGGCCGAAGUACGGUGCGUCGAUUGGCAUCGUGUUAGCACUCGCGAAUACGGUAGCAGCUUCUAUGAACAUAAUUGGCUUCUGCGACUCCCUGAACGAGUUGCUCAGGAUACACGGCCUGAUGAUAAUAGAUAAUGACGUGAAUGACGUUAGAAUCAUUGGUAUGAUGGCUCUUGUCGUCAUAACCCUUAUCUGCGUAGUCGGCAUGGAGUGGGAGUCAAAGGCACAAAACCUUCUCAUUGUUAUAAUUGUGGCUGCUAUUUUCAAUUUUCUGAUUGGAUCCAUCAUGGGGCCGAGGAGUCUGGAGCAAAAAGCGGAAGGUUUCAAAGGAUUCUCAAUGGAUGUAUUUAUGAGUAACCUCGCAUCGGACUAUCGGUUCUCCGAGAAGAGCAUGCAAGACUUCUUCUCCGUAUUCUCUAUCUUUUUCCCGUCAGUCACUGGAAUCCAAGCAGGUGCUAACAUAUCCGGCGAUCUGAAGAAACCAAGUCAUAGUAUACCGAUCGGAACUCUACUCGCUUUACUAGUGUCCAUGCUCAGCUAUUUAAUAUUCGUCUUCUUUAUUGGUGCCGCGACCGUCAGAGAUGCAGGUGGCUUUGUGAACGGUACUAUCGUGACUUGCGUUGCUGGAAUCGACUGCAUGUACGGGUUGCAUAAUACUUAUUCGGUCAUACAACUGAUGUCUCUUUGGAAACCGCUAAUUUAUGCAGGAUGCUUCGCAGCUACUCUGUCGACGGCGCUGACGAACAUAUUGUCCGUUCCGCGAAUCAUUCAGGCUCUGGGUGAAGAUCAAAUCUAUCCCGGCUUGAUUUAUUUCAGCAAGCCAUACGGGAAGUCUGGAGAGCCUUAUCGAGGAUAUGUUCUCACCUUCAUCAUUUCAGGUCUCUUUAUUUUAAUUGCCAAUCUCAACGCAGUGGCGCCGCUGAUCUCAAACUUUUAUUUAGCGUCGUACGCCUUAAUUAAUUUUUGCGCAUUCCAUGCGGCGUUGGUUCGACCGCUCGGAUGGCGACCCAGUUUCAAGUACUAUAACACUUGGGUGUCACUUUUUGGAUUUAUCAUUUGCUUGGCGAUUAUGUUUCUCAUCGACUGGAUAACUUCGCUCAUCACUUGCGUCAUUGUCUUCGCGUUGUACCUGCUAGUAGUUUACCGCGAUCCAGAUGUAAAUUGGGGCAGCAGCACACAAGCUCAAAUCUUAAAGAUAGCACUUUCCAUCAUAUACAGAUUGAACAACAUAAGUGAACACGUGAAGAAUUACGCCCCGCACAUUCUGGCGCUUACCGGUCCACCUGGCACGAGACCAGCGCUGGUACACUUCGCGCACCUCCUCACGAAGAAUAAUUCGUUGCUGAUCUGCGGCGAUAUCUUUCCGACGCAGCUGUCGUAUGGCCAACGUUCCUCAUGUAUAAAAGUCGGUAGCACGUGGUUAAAACAACACCGCAUCAACUCAUUCUACCGCAUAAUACAGGACACAAACUUGGAGCAUGGUGCCUCCGCGUUGAUGCAGAUUUGCGGAUUUGACAAAUUAGCCCCCAACGUGGUUCUCAUGGGUUACAAGACUAAUUGGUUGACGUGCGAUUACAAAAACCUGCAGGAAUACUUGAAUAUUAUUCACGAUGCCUUCGACCAACAACUAGCCAUAUUAAUUUUGAGAAUUGCCGAUGGUCUGGACUGCUCCGAUGCGACGGAUUUCAACGAAAGCGACGAAUGCGGAAAUCCCGUUCAAAGCAAUGGAUUGGCAGGUAAUACCGUGGUGCACAUGACCGACAGUGACCUCUCCGUAAGCACGCAGAUUUCCACAACGCAAAGUGUGUCGACAAUAGGUACGUCCUCCGACACAAAUGAUGACACAAAUGUAAUAAGAGAUUCAACGAUAGGUCAGAGCGCCCAGGAAAAUCUACAGCAGAAGAAUAUCGUUGACGCUCAACUGGUCAAAAAAUACAACCAUACACCGGAGAUCACGACAAUUUUUCAGGAGAAGCACAAAAAAGGAAUAAUUGACGUGUGGUGGCUGUAUGAUGAUGGAGGUCUGACGAUCCUUCUGCCGUAUAUAAUGGGUACACGGUCUGAUUGGGAACACUGCAAAAUAAGGUUAUUCGCUUUAGCCAAUUAUAAACAGGACAUCAAUGCUCAGGAGAAAGAAAUUAAAGAGAUAAUGGAGAAAGCUCGAAUACAAUACGACAGCUUAAAGAUAAUAGAUAUUUAUACCAAACCGCAACAAGAAACGCGGUCCUUCUUCAACAAGUUGAUAUCCGAUUUCCGGACGAACAAUACUUCCGAUCAUAACAUCACCAAUACAGAGAUCGAUUCCUUACAGAACAAGACUGAUCAGCAGUUGCGACUGCGUGAGUUGUUACUGGAGAACUCGAGUCAGUCCACAUUAUUAAUAGUCUCCUUACCAAUUCCAAAGAAGAAUAUAAUUUCAUCGCCGCUGUACAUGGCCUGGUUAGAAGCGCUUACGAAAGACAUGCCACCCACGAUCUUAGUCCGUGGCAAUCAUACACCCGCAUUGACGUUCUACUUGUAAUUUACUAGUAUAAUUAAAAUUUAUUAUAUAUAUUUACUAGUAUAAUUAAAAUUUAUUAUAUAUAUUUCGAUGUUUUGAAAAAUCUUCCGACUGAGAAGAACUUUUCCAAUGUGAACGUACAGUAUUUGGAAUAUUUAUACCAUAAUUAAUGUAGUUACUUAGCCAAUAGUUAGCAAAUAUAGCCUGUAAUCACAUAGCCAAUAGAUCACAUAUACAUAUUGACGUUCUACUCGUAAUCUACCGAUUAUAACCCUGACUAAAAUUUAUAUAUUUUGAUGUUUUAAAAAGUCUUCCGACUAGGACGAACUUUUCUAAUAUGAACGUACAGUAUUUGGAAUAUUUAUGCCAAAAUUAAUGUAGUUACUUAGCCAAUAGUUAGCAAAUAUAAUCUGUAGUUACAUAGUCGAUAGAUCACAUAUAUGUAUUGACGUUCUACUCGUAUCUAUCGAUUAUAACCUUGAUAAAACUAAAAUUUGUAUAUAUUUUGAUGUUUUGAAAAGUCUUUCAACUGAGAAGAACCUUACCAAUAUGAACGUACAGUAUUUGGAAUAUUUAUGCCAAAAUUAAUGUAGUCACUUAGCCAGUACUCUGUUAAUUGUAGCCUGUAGUUAUAUAGUCAAUAGAUCACACAUCCAUAUUAACACGUUCUACUCAUAAUCUACUAGUAAUAGACUUGGUAUAACUAAAAUUUGCGUAUACUUUGAUGUCACGAAAUUUUUCAACUAAGAAUAACUUUUCCAAAGUAAACAUAUAAUAUUUAGAAUAGUUAUGCCAAAAUUAAUAUAGUUACUUAGCUAAUACUUAGCCAAUUGUCUGUAAUUACAUAGCCAAUACUUCUCGACGUAUUUUUGUUUUUUUACCUAUAUUUAAAAUCUAUUUUGUAUUUAAUUUUUAACUCAAUGUAUUUAAUUUUAUCGACUGUAAGUUGUAGAAUUAAGGCCAUAAGUGUGUUAAUAGAGCUAGAUAUAACUUCAGUACCUGUCAGUCUGUAGUAAAUCUCUCCGAACUGUCUUGAAUUAUUACUCAACUGAGAGAAGUAGCUGUGUGCUCUAAUUAAUUAAAUAACUAUAAUAAGUGAAAAUGUACGAAGACUAUUUAUUAAGACAAACAUCGAAGCGACAACAUAAAUAAUAAUGUAUCUA